AUGGACGUGGACGUGGACGUGGACAUGGACGUGGACGUGGACAUGGACGUGGACGUGGACGUGGACGUGGACGUGGACGUGGACGUGGACGUGGACGUGGACGUGGACGUGGACGUGGACGUGGACAUGGACGUGGACGUGGACGUGGACGUGGACGUGGACAUGGACGUGGACGUGGACGUGGAAAUGGACGUGGACGUGGACGUGGACAUGGACAUGGACGUGGACGUGGACGUGGACGUGGACGUGGACAUGGACGUGGACAUGGACAUGGACGUGGACGUGGACGUGGACGUGGACAUGGACAUGGACGUGGACGUGGACGUGGACAUGGACGUGGACAUGGACGUGGACGUGGACAUGGACAUGGACGUGGACGUGGACGUGGACGUGGACGUGGACAUGGACGUGGACAUGGACGUGGACGUGGACGUGGACGUGGACGUGGACAUGGACGUGGACGUGGAAAUGGACGUGGACGUGGACGUGGACAUGGACGUGGACGUGGACGUGGACGUGGACGUGGACGUGGACGUGGACAUGGACGUGGACAUGGACAUGGACGUGGACGUGGACGUGGACGUGGACGUGGACGUGGACGUGGACGUGGACGUGGACGUGGACGUGGACGUGGACGUGGACGUGGACAUGGACGUGGACUUGGACGUGGACGUGGACGUGGACAUGGACGUGGACGUGGACGUGGACGUGGACGUGGACAUGGACGUGGACGUGGACGUGGACAUGGACGUGGACGUGGACGUGGACGUGGACGUGGACAUGGACGUGGACGUGGACGUGGACGUGGACAUGGACGUGGACGUGGACGUGGACAUGGACGUGGACAUGGACGUGGACGUGGACGUGGACGUGGACAUGGACGUGGACGUGGACGUGGACAUGGACGUGGACGUGGACAUGGACGUGGACAUGGACGUGGACGUGGACAUGGACGUGGACGUGGACGUGGACAUGGACGUGGACACAUGGACGUGGACAUGGACGUGGACGUGGACGUGGACGUGGACGUGGACGUGGACGUGGACGUGGACAUGGACAUGGACGUGGACAUGGACGUGGACAUGGACGUGGACGUGGACAUGGACGUGGACGUGGACAUGGACGUGGACGUGGACGUGGACGUGGACGUGGACGUGGACGUGGACGUGGACAUGGACGUGGACAUGGACGUGGACGUGGACGUGGACGUGGACGUGGACAUGGACGUGGACGUGGACGUGGACGUGGACAUGGACGUGGACGUGGACGUGGACAUGGACGUGGACGUGGACGUGGACGUGGACGUGGACAUGGACGUGGACGUGGACGUGGACGUGGACGUGGACGUGGACGUGGACGUGGACGUGGACGUGGACGUGGACGUGGACGUGGACGUGGACAUGGACGUGGACGUGGACGUGGACAUGGACGUGGACGUGGACACGGACGUGGACAUGGACGUGGACGUGGACAUGGACGUGGACGUGGACAUGGACGUGGACGUGGACGUGGACAUGGACGUGGACGUGGACGUGGACAUGGACGUGGACGUGGACGUGGACGUGGACGUGGACGUGGACGUGGACAUGGACGUGGACAUGGACGUGGACGUGGACGUGGACGUGGACAUGGACGUGGACGUGGACAUGGACGUGGACAUGGACGUGGACGUGGACGUGGACGUGGACGUGGACGUGGACGUGGACAUGGACGUGGACAUGGACGUGGACGUGGACGUGGACGUGGACAUGGACGUGGACGUGGACAUGGACGUGGACGUGGACGUGGACGUGGACAUGGACGUGGACGUGGACGUGGACAUGGACGUGGACGUGGACGUGGACGUGGACGUGGACGUGGACGUGGACGUGGACGUGGACGUGGACGUGGACGUGGACGUGGACAUGGACGUGGACAUGGACGUGGACGUGGACGUGGACGUGGACGUGGACAUGGACGUGGACGUGGACAUGGACGUGGACGUGGACAUGGACGUGGACGUGGACGUGGACGUGGACAUGGACGUGGACGUGGACGUGGACGUGGACAUGGACGUGGACAUGGACGUGGACAUGGACAUGGACGUGGACAUGGACAUGGACGUGGACGUGGACGUGGACGUGGACGUGGACGUGGACGUGGACGUGGACGUGGACGUGGACAUGGACGUGGACAUGGACGUGGACAUGGACGUGGACAUGGACGUGGACGUGGACAUGGACGUGGACGUGGACUGGACGUGGACGUGGACGUGGACGUGGACGUGGACGUGGACGUGGACGUGGACCUGGACGUGGACGUGGACGUGGACGUGGACAUGGACGUGGACGUGGACAUGGACGUGGACGUGGACGUGGACAUGGACGUGGACGUGGACGUGGACGUGGACGUGGACGUGGACGUGGACGUGGACGUGGACGUGGACGUGGACGUGGACAUGGACGUGGACGUGGACGUGGACGUGGACGUGGACGUGGACAUGGACGUGGACGUGGACGUGGAAAUGGACGUGGACGUGGACGUGGACAUGGACAUGGACGUGGACGUGGACGUGGACGUGGACGUGGACGUGGACAUGGACGUGGACAUGGACAUGGACGUGGACGUGGACGUGGACGUGGACAUGGACGUGGACUGGACGUGGACGUGGACGUGGACAUGGACGUGGACAUGGACGUGGACGUGGACAUGGACAUGGACGUGGACGUGGACGUGGACGUGGACGUGGACAUGGACGUGGACGUGGACGUGGACGUGGACGUGGACGUGGACGUGGACAUGGACGUGGACGUGGACAUGGACGUGGACGUGGACAUGGACGUGGACGUGGACAUGGACGUGGACGUGGACAUGGACGUGGACGUGGACGUGGACGUGGACGUGGACGUGGACGUGGACGUGGACAUGGACGUGGACGUGGACGUGGACGUGGACAUGGACGUGGACGUGGACGUGGACAUGGACGUGGACGUGGACAUGGACGUGGACGUGGACGUGGACGUGGACGUGGACAUGGACGUGGACGUGGACGUGGACGUGGACGUGGACGUGGACGUGGACGUGGACGUGGACAUGGACGUGGACGUGGACGUGGACGUGGACGUGGACGUGGACAUGGACGUGGACGUGGACGUGGACAUGGACGUGGACGUGGACAUGGACGUGGACGUGGACAUGGACGUGGACGUGGACGUGGACAUGGACGUGGACGUGGACGUGGACGUGGACAUGGACGUGGACAUGGACAUGGACAUGGACGUGGACAUGGACAUGGACGUGGACGUGGACGUGGACGUGGACGUGGACGUGGACGUGGACGUGGACGUGGACGUGGACGUGGACAUGGACGUGGACGUGGACGUGGACAUGGACGUGGACAUGGACAUGGACAUGGACGUGGACGUGGACGUGGACGUGGACGUGGACGUGGACGUGACGUGGACGUGGACGUGGACGUGGACGUGGACGUGGACGUGGACGUGGACAUGGACGUGGACGUGGACAUGGACGUGGACGUGGACGUGGACAUGGACGUGGACGUGGACGUGGACGUGGACGUGGACAUGGACGUGGACGUGGACAUGGACGUGGACGUGGACGUGGACGUGGACGUGGACGUGGACGUGGACGUGGACGUGGACGUGGACGUGGACGUGGACGUGGACGUGGACGUGGACGUGGACAUGGACGUGGACGUGGACAUGGACGUGGACGUGGACGUGGACAUGGACGUGGACGUGGACGUGGACGUGGACGUGGACGUGGACGUGGACGUGGACGUGGACGUGGACGUGGACGUGGACAUGGACGUGGACGUGGACGUGGACGUGGACGUGGACGUGGACAUGGACGUGGACGUGGACGUGGACAUGGACGUGGACGUGGACGUGGACAUGGACGUGGACGUGGACGUGGACGUGGACGUGGACGUGGACGUGGACAUGGACGUGGACAUGGACAUGGACGUGGACGUGGACGUGGACGUGGACAUGGACGUGGACUGGACGUGGACGUGGACAUGGACGUGGACAUGGACGUGGACGUGGACAUGGACAUGGACGUGGACGUGGACGUGGACGUGGACGUGGACAUGGACGUGGACGUGGACGUGGACGUGGACGUGGACGUGGACGUGGACGUGGACGUGGACAUGGACGUGGACGUGGACAUGGACGUGGACGUGGACAUGGACGUGGACGUGGACAUGGACGUGGACGUGGACAUGGACGUGGACGUGGACGUGGACGUGGACGUGGACGUGGACGUGGACGUGGACAUGGACGUGGACGUGGACGUGGACGUGGACAUGGACGUGGACGUGGACGUGGACAUGGACGUGGACGUGGACAUGGACGUGGACGUGGACGUGGACGUGGACGUGGACAUGGACGUGGACGUGGACGUGGACGUGGACGUGGACGUGGACGUGGACGUGGACGUGGACAUGGACGUGGACGUGGACGUGGACGUGGACGUGGACGUGGACAUGGACGUGGACGUGGACGUGGACAUGGACGUGGACGUGGACAUGGACGUGGACGUGGACAUGGACGUGGACGUGGACGUGGACAUGGACGUGGACGUGGACGUGGACGUGGACAUGGACGUGGACGUGGACGUGGACAUGGACGUGGACGUGGACAUGGACGUGGACGUGGACGUGGACGUGGACGUGGACGUGGACGUGGACGUGGACGUGGACGUGGACGUGGACAUGGACGUGGACGUGGACGUGGACAUGGACGUGGACAUGGACGUGGACGUGGACGUGGACAUGGACGUGGACGUGGACGUGGACGUGGACGUGACGUGGACGUGGACGUGGACGUGGACGUGGACGUGGACGUGGACGUGGAAUGGACGUGGACGUGGACAUGGACGUGGACGUGGACGUGGACAUGGACGUGGACGUGGACGUGGACGUGGACGUGGACGUGGACGUGGACGUGGACGUGGACGUGGACGUGGACAUGGACGUGGACGUGGACGUGGACGUGGACGUGGACGUGGACAUGGACGUGGACGUGGACGUGGACAUGGACGUGGACGUGGACGUGGACGUGGACAUGGACGUGGACGUGGACGUGGACGUGGACGUGGACGUGGACGUGGACGUGGACGUGGACGUGGACUGGACGUGGACGUGGACGUGGACGUGGACAUGGACGUGGACUGGACGUGGACGUGGACAUGGACGUGGACAUGGACGUGGACGUGGACAUGGACAUGGACGUGGACGUGGACGUGGACGUGGACGUGGACAUGGACGUGGACGUGGACGUGGACGUGGACGUGGACGUGGACGUGGACGUGGACAUGGACGUGGACGUGGACAUGGACGUGGACGUGGACAUGGACGUGGACGUGGACAUGGACGUGGACGUGGACAUGGACGUGGACGUGGACGUGGACGUGGACGUGGACGUGGACGUGGACGUGGACAUGGACGUGGACGUGGACGUGGACGUGGACAUGGACGUGGACGUGGACGUGGACAUGGACGUGGACGUGGACAUGGACGUGGACGUGGACGUGGACGUGGACGUGGACAUGGACGUGGACGUGGACGUGGACGUGGACGUGGACGUGGACGUGGACGUGGACGUGGACAUGGACGUGGACGUGGACGUGGACGUGGACGUGGACGUGGACAUGGACGUGGACGUGGACGUGGACAUGGACGUGGACAUGGACGUGGACGUGGACAUGGACGUGGACAUGGACGUGGACGUGGACGUGGACAUGGACGUGGACGUGGACGUGGACGUGGACAUGGACGUGGACAUGGACAUGGACAUGGACGUGGACAUGGACAUGGACGUGGACGUGGACGUGGACGUGGACGUGGACGUGGACGUGGACGUGGACGUGGACGUGGACGUGGACAUGGACGUGGACGUGGACGUGGACAUGGACGUGGACAUGGACGUGGACGUGGACGUGGACAUGGACGUGGACGUGGACGUGGACGUGGACGUGACGUGGACGUGGACGUGGACGUGGACGUGGACAUGGACGUGGACGUGGACGUGGACGUGGACGUGGACGUGGAAUGGACGUGGACGUGGACGUGGACAUGGACGUGGACGUGGACGUGGACAUGGACGUGGACGUGGACGUGGACGUGGACGUGGACGUGGACGUGGACGUGGACGUGGACGUGGACGUGGACAUGGACGUGGACGUGGACAUGGACGUGGACGUGGACAUGGACGUGGACGUGGACAUGGACGUGGACGUGGACACGGGACGUGGACGUGGACGUGGACGUGGACGUGGACGUGGACGUGGACAUGGACGUGGACGUGGACAUGGACGUGGACGUGGACGUGGACGUGGACGUGGACGUGGACAUGGACGUGGACAUGGACGUGGACAUGGACGUGGACGUGGACAUGGACGUGGACAUGGACGUGGACGUGGACGUGGACAUGGACGUGGACAUGGACGUGGACAUGGACGUGGACAUGGACGUGGACGUGGACGUGGACGUGGACAUGGACGUGGACGUGGACGUGGACAUGGACGUGGACAUGGACGUGGACAUGGACGUGGACAUGGACGUGGACAUGGACGUGGACGUGGACGUGGACAUGGACGUGGACGUGGACGUGGACAUGGACGUGGACGUGGACGUGGACGUGGACGUGGACGUGGACGUGGACGUGGACGUGGACGUGGACGUGGACGUGGACGUGGACGUGGACAUGGACGUGGACGUGGACAUGGACGUGGACGUGGACGUGGACAUGGACGUGGACGUGGACACGGACGUGGACAUGGACGUGGACGUGGACAUGGACGUGGACGUGGACGUGGACAUGGACGUGGACGUGGACGUGGACGUGGACGUGGACGUGGACGUGGACGUGGACAUGGACGUGGACAUGGACGUGGACAUGGACGUGGACGUGGACGUGGACGUGGACAUGGACGUGGACGUGGACGUGGACGUGGACGUGGACGUGGACGUGGACGUGGACGUGGACGUGGACAUGGACGUGGACGUGGACGUGGACGUGGACGUGGACGUGGACGUGGACAUGGACGUGGACGUGGACGUGGACGUGGACAUGGACGUGGACAUGGACGUGGACGUGGACAUGGACGUGGACGUGGACGUGGACGUGGACAUGGACGUGGACGUGGACGUGGACGUGGACGUGGACGUGGACGUGGACGUGGACGUGGACGUGGACGUGGACGUGGACGUGGACGUGGACAUGGACGUGGACGUGGACGUGGACGUGGACAUGGACGUGGACGUGGACAUGGACGUGGACGUGGACGUGGACGUGGACAUGGACGUGGACGUGGACGUGGACGUGGACGUGGACGUGGACGUGGACGUGGACGUGGACGUGGACGUGGACGUGGACAUGGACGUGGACAUGGACGUGGACGUGGACGUGGACGUGGACAUGGACGUGGACAUGGACGUGGACGUGGACGUGGACGUGGACGUGGACGUGGACGUGGACGUGGACGUGGACAUGGACGUGGACGUGGACGUGGACGUGGACGUGGACAUGGACGUGGACGUGGACGUGGACAUGGACGUGGACGUGGACGUGGACAUGGACGUGGACAUGGACGUGGACGUGGACGUGGACGUGGACGUGGACGUGGACGUGGACGUGGACGUGGACGUGGACGUGGACGUGGACGUGGACGUGGACGUGGACGUGGACGUGGACGUGGACAUGGACGUGGACGUGGACGUGGACAUGGACGUGGACAUGGACGUGGACAUGGACGUGGACGUGGACGUGGACGUGGACGUGGACGUGGACGUGGACGUGGACGUGGACGUGGACGUGGACAUGGACGUGGACGUGGACGUGGACGUGGACAUGGACGUGGACAUGGACAUGGACGUGGACAUGGACGUGGACGUGGACGUGGACGUGGACAUGGACGUGGACAUGGACGUGGACGUGGACAUGGACGUGGACAUGGACGUGGACAUGGACGUGGACAUGGACGUGGACGUGGACGUGGACGUGGACGUGGACGUGGACGUGGACGUGGACGUGGACGUGGACGUGGACGUGGACGUGGACGUGGACGUGGACAUGGACGUGGACGUGGACGUGGACAUGGACAUGGACGUGGACGUGGACGUGGACGUGGACGUGGACGUGGACAUGGACGUGGACAUGGACAUGGACGUGGACGUGGACGUGGACGUGGACGUGGACGUGGACGUGGACGUGGACAUGGACGUGGACGUGGACGUGGACAUGGACGUGGACGUGGACGUGGACGUGGACGUGGACGUGGACGUGGACGUGGACGUGGACGUGGACAUGGACGUGGACGUGGACGUGGACGUGGACGUGGACAUGGACGUGGACGUGGACGUGGAAUGGACGUGGACGUGGACGUGGACAUGGACAUGGACGUGGACGUGGACGUGGACAUGGACGUGGACGUGGACGUGGACGUGGACGUGGACGUGGACGUGGACGUGGACGUGGACGUGGACGUGGACAUGGACGUGGACAUGGACGUGGACUUGGACGUGGACGUGGACAUGGACGUGGACGUGGACAUGGACGUGGACGUGGACGUGGACGUGGACGUGGACGUGGACGUGGACAUGGACGUGGACGUGGACGUGGACGUGGACGUGGACGUGGACGUGGACGUGGACGUGGACGUGGACGUGGACGUGGACGUGGACAUGGACGUGGACAUGGACGUGGACGUGGACGUGGACGUGGACGUGGACGUGGACGUGGACGUGGACGUGGACGUGGACGUGGACGUGGACGUGGACGUGGACGUGGACAUGGACGUGGACGUGGACGUGGACGUGGACGUGGACGUGGACAUGGACAUGGACGUGGACGUGGACGUGGACAUGGACGUGGACGUGGACGUGGACGUGGACAUGGACGUGGACGUGGACAUGGACAUGGACGUGGACGUGGACGUGGACAUGGACGUGGACGUGGACGUGGACGUGGACGUGGACGUGGACGUGGACGUGGACGUGGACAUGGACGUGGACGUGGACGUGGACGUGGACGUGGACGUGGACGUGGACGUGGACGUGGACGUGGACGUGGACGUGGACGUGGACGUGGACGUGGACGUGGACAUGGACGUGGACGUGGACGUGGACGUGGACGUGGACGUGGACGUGGACGUGGACGUGGACGUGGACAUGGACGUGGACGUGGACAUGGACGUGGACGUGGACAUGGACGUGGACGUGGACGUGGACGUGGACGUGGACGUGGACGUGGACGUGGACGUGGACAUGGACGUGGACAUGGACGUGGACGUGGACGUGGACGUGGACGUGGACGUGGACGUGGACGUGGACGUGGACGUGGACGUGGACGUGGACAUGGACGUGGACAUGGACGUGGACGUGGACAUGGACGUGGACGUGGACGUGGACGUGGACGUGGACAUGGACGUGGACAUGGACGUGGACGUGGACGUGGACAUGGACGUGGACGUGGACGUGGACGUGGACGUGGACGUGGACGUGGACGUGGACGUGGACGUGGACGUGGACGUGGACGUGGACGUGGACGUGGACAUGGACGUGGACGUGGACGUGGACGUGGACGUGGACGUGGACGUGGACGUGGACGUGGACGUGGACGUGGACGUGGACGUGGACGUGGACGUGGACGUGGACGUGGACGUGGACGUGGACGUGGACGUGGACGUGGACAUGGACGUGGACGUGGACAUGGACGUGGACGUGGACAUGGACGUGGACGUGGACGUGGACAUGGACGUGGACGUGGACAUGGACGUGGACAUGGACGUGGACGUGGACGUGGACAUGGACGUGGACGUGGACGUGGACGUGGACGUGGACGUGGACGUGGACGUGGACAUGGACGUGGACAUGGACGUGGACAUGGACGUGGACGUGGACAUGGACGUGGACAUGGACGUGGACGUGGACGUGGACGUGGACGUGGACGUGGACGUGGACGUGGACGUGGACGUGGACGUGGACAUGGACGUGGACGUGGACGUGGACGUGGACGUGGACAUGGACGUGGACAUGGACGUGGACAUGGACGUGGACGUGGACAUGGACGUGGACGUGGACGUGGACGUGGACAUGGACGUGGACGUGGACGUGGACGUGGACGUGGACAUGGACGUGGACGUGGACGUGGACGUGGACGUGGACGUGGACGUGGACGUGGACGUGGACGUGGACGUGGACGUGGACGUGGACGUGGACGUGGACGUGGACAUGGACGUGGACGUGGACGUGGACGUGGACGUGGACGUGGACGUGGACGUGGACUUGGACGUGGACGUGGACGUGGACGUGGACAUGGACGUGGACGUGGACGUGGACGUGGACGUGGACGUGGACAUGGACGUGGACAUGGACGUGGACAUGGACGUGGACGUGGACGUGGACAUGGACGUGGACGUGGACGUGGACAUGGACGUGGACAUGGACGUGGACGUGGACGUGGACGUGGACGUGGACGUGGACGUGGACGUGGACGUGGACGUGGACGUGGACGUGGACGUGGACGUGGACGUGGACGUGGACGUGGACGUGGACAUGGACGUGGACGUGGACGUGGACAUGGACGUGGACAUGGACGUGGACAUGGACGUGGACAUGGACGUGGACGUGGACGUGGACGUGGACGUGGACGUGGACGUGGACGUGGACGUGGACGUGGACAUGGACGUGGACGUGGACGUGGACGUGGACAUGGACGUGGACAUGGACAUGGACGUGGACAUGGACGUGGACGUGGACGUGGACGUGGACAUGGACGUGGACGUGGACGUGGACGUGGACAUGGACGUGGACUGGACGUGGACAUGGACGUGGACAUGGACGUGGACGUGGACGUGGACGUGGACGUGGACGUGGACGUGGACGUGGACGUGGACGUGGACGUGGACGUGGACGUGGACGUGGACGUGGACAUGGACGUGGACGUGGACGUGGACGUGGACAUGGACGUGGACGUGGACGUGGACGUGGACGUGGACGUGGACAUGGACGUGGACGUGGACGUGGACGUGGACGUGGACGUGGACGUGGACGUGGACGUGGACGUGGACAUGGACGUGGACGUGGACGUGGACAUGGACGUGGACGUGGACGUGGACGUGGACGUGGACGUGGACGUGGACGUGGACGUGGACUGGACGUGGACGUGGACGUGGACGUGGACAUGGACGUGGACGUGGACGUGGACAUGGACGUGGACGUGGACGUGGACGUGGACGUGGACGUGGACAUGGACGUGGACGUGGACGUGGACGUGGACGUGGACGUGGACGUGGACGUGGACGUGGACGUGGACGUGGACAUGGACGUGGACAUGGACGUGGACGUGGACGUGGACGUGGACAUGGACGUGGACGUGGACAUGGACGUGGACGUGGACGUGGACGUGGACGUGGACGUGGACGUGGACGUGGACAUGGACGUGGACAUGGACGUGGACGUGGACGUGGACGUGGACGUGGACGUGGACGUGGACGUGGACGUGGACGUGGACGUGGACAUGGACGUGGACAUGGACGUGGACGUGGACGUGGACGUGGACGUGGACGUGGACGUGGACGUGGACGUGGACGUGGACGUGGACGUGGACGUGGACGUGGACGUGGACGUGGACGUGGACGUGGACAUGGACGUGGACGUGGACGUGGACGUGGACGUGGACGUGGACGUGGACGUGGACGUGGACGUGGACGUGGACGUGGACAUGGACGUGGACGUGGACGUGGACGUGGACGUGGACAUGGACGUGGACGUGGACGUGGACAUGGACGUGGACGUGGACGUGGACAUGGACGUGGACGUGGACGUGGACGUGGACGUGGACGUGGACAUGGACGUGGACGUGGACGUGGACGUGGACGUGGACGUGGACGUGGACGUGGACGUGGACGUGGACGUGGACGUGGACGUGGACGUGGACGUGGACGUGGACGUGGACGUGGACGUGGACGUGGACGUGGACGUGGACGUGGACAUGGACGUGGACGUGGACAUGGACGUGGACGUGGACAUGGACGUGGACAUGGACGUGGACGUGGACGUGGACAUGGACGUGGACGUGGACGUGGACGUGGACGUGGACGUGGACGUGGACGUGGACGUGGACGUGGACGUGGACGUGGACGUGGACAUGGACGUGGACGUGGACAUGGACGUGGACGUGGACGUGGACGUGGACGUGGACGUGGACGUGGACAUGGACGUGGACGUGGACAUGGACGUGGACAUGGACAUGGACGUGGACGUGGACGUGGACGUGGACGUGGACAUGGACGUGGACGUGGACGUGGACGUGGACGUGGACGUGGACAUGGACGUGGACGUGGACGUGGACAUGGACGUGGACGUGGACGUGGACGUGGACGUGGACGUGGACAUGGACGUGGACAUGGACGUGGACGUGGACGUGGACGUGGACAUGGACGUGGACGUGGACGUGGACAUGGACGUGGACGUGGACGUGGACGUGGACAUGGACGUGGACGUGGACGUGGACAUGGACAUGGACGUGGACGUGGACGUGGACGUGGACAUGGACGUGGACAUGGACGUGGACGUGGACGUGGACGUGGACGUGGACGUGGACGUGGACAUGGACGUGGACGUGGACGUGGACAUGGACGUGGACGUGGACGUGGACGUGGACGUGGACGUGGACGUGGACGUGGACGUGGACGUGGACGUGGACGUGGACGUGGACGUGGACGUGGACGUGGACGUGGACGUGGACGUGGACGUGGACGUGGACGUGGACGUGGACGUGGACGUGGACGUGGACGUGGACGUGGACGUGGACGUGGACGUGGACGUGGACGUGGACGUGGACGUGGACAUGGACGUGGACGUGGACAUGGACGUGGACGUGGACAUGGACGUGGACAUGGACGUGGACGUGGACGUGGACGUGGACGUGGACGUGGACGUGGACGUGGACGUGGACGUGGACGUGGACGUGGACAUGGACGUGGACGUGGACAUGGACGUGGACGUGGACAUGGACGUGGACGUGGACAUGGACGUGGACGUGGACGUGGACGUGGACGUGGACAUGGACGUGGACGUGGACGUGGACGUGGACGUGGACGUGGACGUGGACGUGGACGUGGACGUGGACGUGGACGUGGACGUGGACAUGGACGUGGACAUGGACGUGGACGUGGACGUGGACGUGGACGUGGACGUGGACGUGGACGUGGACGUGGACGUGGACGUGGACGUGGACGUGGACGUGGACGUGGACGUGGACGUGGACGUGGACGUGGACGUGGACAUGGACAUGGACGUGGACGUGGACGUGGACAUGGACGUGGACGUGGACGUGGACGUGGACGUGGACAUGGACGUGGACGUGGACAUGGACAUGGACGUGGACGUGGACAUGGACAUGGACGUGGACGUGGACGUGGACGUGGACGUGGACGUGGACGUGGACGUGGACGUGGACGUGGACGUGGACAUGGACGUGGACGUGGACGUGGACGUGGACGUGGACGUGGACGUGGACGUGGACGUGGACGUGGACGUGGACGUGGACGUGGACGUGGACGUGGACGUGGACGUGGACGUGGACGUGGACAUGGACGUGGACGUGGACAUGGACGUGGACGUGGACAUGGACGUGGACAUGGACGUGGACGUGGACGUGGACAUGGACGUGGACGUGGACGUGGACGUGGACGUGGACGUGGACGUGGACGUGGACGUGGACGUGGACGUGGACGUGGACGUGGACAUGGACGUGGACGUGGACAUGGACGUGGACGUGGACGUGGACGUGGACGUGGACGUGGACAUGGACGUGGACGUGGACAUGGACGUGGACGUGGACAUGGACGUGGACGUGGACGUGGACGUGGACAUGGACGUGGACGUGGACGUGGACGUGGACGUGGACGUGGACGUGGACGUGGACGUGGACGUGGACGUGGACGUGGACGUGGACGUGGACAUGGACGUGGACGUGGACGUGGACGUGGACAUGGACGUGGACGUGGACGUGGACGUGGACGUGGACGUGGACGUGGACGUGGACGUGGACAUGGACGUGGACGUGGACGUGGACGUGGACAUGGACGUGGACGUGGACGUGGACGUGGACGUGGACGUGGACGUGGACGUGGACGUGGACGUGGACGUGGACGUGGACGUGGACAUGGACGUGGACGUGGACGUGGACAUGGACGUGGACAUGGACGUGGACAUGGACGUGGACGUGGACGUGGACGUGGACGUGGACGUGGACGUGGACAUGGACGUGGACGUGGACGUGGACGUGGACAUGGACGUGGACAUGGACGUGGACGUGGACGUGGACGUGGACGUGGACGUGGACGUGGACGUGGACGUGGACGUGGACGUGGACGUGGACGUGGACGUGGACAUGGACGUGGACGUGGACGUGGACAUGGACGUGGACGUGGACGUGGACGUGGACGUGGACGUGGACGUGGACGUGGACGUGGACGUGGACGUGGACGUGGACGUGGACGUGGACGUGGACGUGGACGUGGACGUGGACGUGGACGUGGACGUGGACGUGGACGUGGACGUGGACGUGGACGUGGACGUGGACGUGGACGUGGACGUGGACGUGGACGUGGACGUGGACGUGGACGUGGACGUGGACGUGGACGUGGACGUGGACGUGGACGUGGACGUGGACGUGGACGUGGACGUGGACGUGGACGUGGACGUGGACGUGGACGUGGACGUGGACGUGGACGUGGACGUGGACGUGGACGUGGACGUGGACGUGGACGUGGACGUGGACGUGGACGUGGACGUGGACGUGGACGUGGACGUGGACGUGGACGUGGACGUGGACGUGGACGUGGACGUGGACGUGGACGUGGACGUGGACGUGGACGUGGACAUGGACGUGGACGUGGACGUGGACGUGGACGUGGACAUGGACGUGGACGUGGACAUGGACAUGGACGUGGACGUGGACGUGGACGUGGACGUGGACGUGGACGUGGACGUGGACAUGGACGUGGACAUGGACGUGGACGUGGACGUGGACGUGGACGUGGACGUGGACGUGGACGUGGACGUGGACGUGGACGUGGACGUGGACGUGGACGUGGACGUGGACGUGGACGUGGACGUGGACGUGGACAUGGACGUGGACGUGGACGUGGACGUGGACGUGGACAUGGACGUGGACAUGGACGUGGACGUGGACGUGGACAUGGACGUGGACGUGGACGUGGACGUGGACGUGGACGUGGACGUGGACGUGGACGUGGACGUGGACGUGGACGUGGACGUGGACGUGGACGUGGACGUGGACAUGGACGUGGACGUGGACGUGGACGUGGACGUGGACGUGGACAUGGACGUGGACGUGGACGUGGACAUGGACGUGGACAUGGACGUGGACGUGGACGUGGACGUGGACGUGGACAUGGACGUGGACGUGGACGUGGACGUGGACGUGGACGUGGACGUGGACGUGGACGUGGACGUGGACGUGGACGUGGACAUGGACGUGGACAUGGACGUGGACGUGGACGUGGACGUGGACGUGGACGUGGACGUGGACGUGGACGUGGACGUGGACGUGGACGUGGACGUGGACGUGGACAUGGACGUGGACGUGGACGUGGACGUGGACAUGGACGUGGACGUGGACGUGGACGUGGACGUGGACGUGGACGUGGACGUGGACGUGGACGUGGACGUGGACGUGGACGUGGACGUGGACAUGGACGUGGACGUGGACAUGGACGUGGACAUGGACGUGGACAUGGACGUGGACGUGGACGUGGACGUGGACGUGGACAUGGACGUGGACGUGGACGUGGACAUGGACGUGGACGUGGACGUGGACAUGGACGUGGACAUGGACGUGGACGUGGACGUGGACGUGGACGUGGACGUGGACGUGGACGUGGACGUGGACGUGGACGUGGACAUGGACGUGGACGUGGACGUGGACAUGGACGUGGACGUGGACGUGGACGUGGACGUGGACGUGGACGUGGACGUGGACGUGGACGUGGACGUGGACGUGGACGUGGACGUGGACGUGGACGUGGACGUGGACGUGGACGUGGACGUGGACGUGGACGUGGACGUGGACGUGGACGUGGACGUGGACGUGGACGUGGACGUGGACGUGGACGUGGACGUGGACGUGGACGUGGACGUGGACGUGGACGUGGACGUGGACGUGGACGUGGACGUGGACGUGGACAUGGACGUGGACGUGGACGUGGACGUGGACGUGGACGUGGACGUGGACGUGGACGUGGACGUGGACGUGGACGUGGACGUGGACGUGGACGUGGACGUGGACGUGGACGUGGACGUGGACGUGGACGUGGACGUGGACGUGGACGUGGACGUGGACGUGGACGUGGACGUGGACGUGGACGUGGACGUGGACGUGGACGUGGACGUGGACGUGGACGUGGACGUGGACGUGGACGUGGACGUGGACGUGGACGUGGACAUGGACGUGGACGUGGACGUGGACGUGGACGUGGACGUGGACGUGGACGUGGACGUGGACGUGGACGUGGACGUGGACGUGGACGUGGACGUGGACGUGGACGUGGACGUGGACGUGGACAUGGACGUGGACGUGGACGUGGACGUGGACGUGGACGUGGACGUGGACGUGGACGUGGACGUGGACAUGGACGUGGACGUGGACGUGGACGUGGACGUGGACGUGGACGUGGACGUGGACGUGGACGUGGACGUGGACGUGGACGUGGACGUGGACGUGGACGUGGACGUGGACGUGGACGUGGACGUGGACGUGGACGUGGACGUGGACGUGGACGUGGACGUGGACGUGGACGUGGACGUGGACGUGGACGUGGACGUGGACGUGGACGUGGACAUGGACGUGGACGUGGACGUGGACGUGGACGUGGACGUGGACGUGGACAUGGACGUGGACGUGGACGUGGACGUGGACGUGGACGUGGACGUGGACGUGGACGUGGACGUGGACGUGGACGUGGACGUGGACGUGGACGUGGACGUGGACGUGGACGUGGACGUGGACGUGGACGUGGACGUGGACGUGGACGUGGACGUGGACGUGGACGUGGACGUGGACAUGGACGUGGACGUGGACGUGGACGUGGACGUGGACGUGGACGUGGACGUGGACGUGGACGUGGACGUGGACGUGGACAUGGACGUGGACGUGGACGUGGACGUGGACGUGGACGUGGACGUGGACGUGGACGUGGACAUGGACGUGGACGUGGACGUGGACGUGGACGUGGACGUGGACGUGGACGUGGACGUGGACGUGGACGUGGACGUGGACGUGGACGUGGACGUGGACGUGGACGUGGACGUGGACGUGGACGUGGACGUGGACGUGGACGUGGACGUGGACGUGGACGUGGACGUGGACGUGGACAUGGACGUGGACGUGGACGUGGACGUGGACGUGGACGUGGACGUGGACGUGGACGUGGACGUGGACGUGGACGUGGACGUGGACGUGGACGUGGACGUGGACGUGGACGUGGACGUGGACGUGGACGUGGACGUGGACGUGGACGUGGACGUGGACGUGGACGUGGACGUGGACGUGGACGUGGACAUGGACGUGGACGUGGACGUGGACGUGGACGUGGACGUGGACAUGGACGUGGACGUGGACGUGGACGUGGACGUGGACGUGGACGUGGACGUGGACGUGGACGUGGACGUGGACGUGGACGUGGACGUGGACGUGGACGUGGACGUGGACGUGGACGUGGACGUGGACGUGGACGUGGACGUGGACGUGGACGUGGACGUGGACGUGGACGUGGACGUGGACGUGGACGUGGACGUGGACGUGGACGUGGACGUGGACAUGGACGUGGACGUGGACGUGGACAUGGACGUGGACGUGGACGUGGACGUGGACGUGGACGUGGACGUGGACAUGGACGUGGACGUGGACGUGGACGUGGACGUGGACGUGGACGUGGACGUGGACGUGGACGUGGACGUGGACGUGGACGUGGACGUGGACGUGGACGUGGACGUGGACGUGGACGGACGUGGACGUGGACGUGGACGUGGACGUGGACGUGGACGUGGACGUGGACGUGGACGUGGACGUGGACGUGGACGUGGACGUGGACGUGGACGUGGACGUGGACGUGGACGUGGACGUGGACGUGGACGUGGACGUGGACGUGGACGUGGACGUGGACGUGGACGUGGACGUGGACGUGGACGUGGACGUGGACGUGGACGUGGACGUGGACGUGGACGUGGACGUGGACGUGGACGUGGACGUGGACGUGGACGUGGACGUGGACGUGGACGUGGACGUGGACGUGGACGUGGACGUGGACGUGGACGUGGACGUGGACGUGGACGUGGACAUGGACGUGGACGUGGACGUGGACGUGGACGUGGACGUGGACAUGGACGUGGACGUGGACGUGGACGUGGACGUGGACGUGGACGUGGACGUGGACGUGGACAUGGACGUGGACGUGGACGUGGACGUGGACGUGGACGUGGACGUGGACGUGGACGUGGACGUGGACGUGGACGUGGACGUGGACGUGGACGUGGACGUGGACGUGGACGUGGACGUGGACGUGGACGUGGACGUGGACGUGGACGUGGACAUGGACGUGGACAUGGACGUGGACGUGGACGUGGACGUGGACGUGGACGUGGACAUGGACGUGGACGUGGACGUGGACAUGGACGUGGACGUGGACGUGGACAUGGACGUGGACAUGGACGUGGACGUGGACGUGGACGUGGACGUGGACGUGGACGUGGACGUGGACGUGGACGUGGACGUGGACAUGGACGUGGACGUGGACGUGGACGUGGACGUGGACGUGGACGUGGACGUGGACGUGGACGUGGACGUGGACGUGGACGUGGACGUGGACGUGGACGUGGACGUGGACGUGGACGUGGACGUGGACGUGGACGUGGACGUGGACGUGGACGUGGACGUGGACGUGGACGUGGACGUGGACGUGGACGUGGACGUGGACGUGGACGUGGACGUGGACGUGGACGUGGACGUGGACGUGGACGUGGACAUGGACGUGGACGUGGACGUGGACGUGGACGUGGACGUGGACGUGGACGUGGACGUGGACGUGGACGUGGACGUGGACGUGGACGUGGACGUGGACGUGGACGUGGACGUGGACGUGGACGUGGACGUGGACGUGGACGUGGACGUGGACGUGGACGUGGACGUGGACGUGGACAUGGACGUGGACGUGGACGUGGACGUGGACGUGGACGUGGACGUGGACGUGGACAUGGACGUGGACGUGGACGUGGACGUGGACGUGGACGUGGACGUGGACGUGGACGUGGACGUGGACGUGGACGUGGACGUGGACGUGGACAUGGACGUGGACGUGGACGUGGACGUGGACGUGGACGUGGACGUGGACGUGGACGUGGACGUGGACGUGGACGUGGACGUGGACGUGGACGUGGACGUGGACAUGGACGUGGACGUGGACGUGGACGUGGACGUGGACGUGGACGUGGACGUGGACGUGGACGUGGACAUGGACGUGGACGUGGACGUGGACGUGGACGUGGACGUGGACGUGGACGUGGACGUGGACGUGGACGUGGACGUGGACAUGGACGUGGACAUGGACGUGGACGUGGACGUGGACGUGGACGUGGACGUGGACGUGGACGUGGACGUGGACGUGGACGUGGACGUGGACGUGGACGUGGACGUGGACGUGGACGUGGACGUGGACGUGGACAUGGACGUGGACGUGGACAUGGACGUGGACGUGGACAUGGACGUGGACAUGGACGUGGACGUGGACGUGGACAUGGACGUGGACGUGGACGUGGACGUGGACGUGGACGUGGACGUGGACGUGGACGUGGACGUGGACGUGGACGUGGACGUGGACAUGGACGUGGACGUGGACAUGGACGUGGACGUGGACGUGGACGUGGACGUGGACGUGGACGUGGACAUGGACGUGGACGUGGACGUGGACAUGGACGUGGACAUGGACAUGGACGUGGACGUGGACGUGGACGUGGACGUGGACAUGGACGUGGACGUGGACGUGGACGUGGACGUGGACAUGGACGUGGACGUGGACGUGGACAUGGACGUGGACGUGGACGUGGACGUGGACGUGGACGUGGACAUGGACGUGGACAUGGACGUGGACGUGGACGUGGACGUGGACGUGGACGUGGACGUGGACGUGGACAUGGACGUGGACGUGGACGUGGACAUGGACAUGGACGUGGACGUGGACGUGGACGUGGACGUGGACAUGGACGUGGACGUGGACAUGGACGUGGACGUGGACGUGGACGUGGACGUGGACGUGGACGUGGACGUGGACGUGGACGUGGACGUGGACGUGGACGUGGACGUGGACGUGGACGUGGACGUGGACAUGGACGUGGACAUGGACGUGGACGUGGACGUGGACGUGGACAUGGACGUGGACGUGGACGUGGACGUGGACGUGGACGUGGACGUGGACGUGGACGUGGACAUGGACGUGGACGUGGACGUGGACAUGGACGUGGACGUGGACGUGGACGUGGACGUGGACGUGGACGUGGACGUGGACGUGGACGUGGACGUGGACGUGGACGUGGACGUGGACGUGGACGUGGACGUGGACGUGGACGUGGACGUGGACGUGGACAUGGACGUGGACAUGGACGUGGACGUGGACGUGGACGUGGACGUGGACGUGGACAUGGACGUGGACGUGGACGUGGACGUGGACGUGGACGUGGACAUGGACGUGGACGUGGACGUGACGUGGACAUGGACGUGGACGUGGACGUGGACGUGGACGUGGACGUGGACGUGGACGUGGACGUGGACGUGGACAUGGACGUGGACGUGGACGUGGACGUGGACGUGGACGUGGACGUGGACGUGGACGUGGACGUGGACGUGGACGUGGACGUGGACGUGGACGUGGACGUGGACGUGGACGUGGACGUGGACGUGGACGUGGACGUGGACGUGGACGUGGACGUGGACGUGGACGUGGACGUGGACGUGGACGUGGACGUGGACAUGGACGUGGACGUGGACGUGGACGUGGACGUGGACGUGGACGUGGACGUGGACGUGGACGUGGACGUGGACGUGGACGUGGACGUGGACGUGGACGUGGACGUGGACGUGGACGUGGACGUGGACGUGGACGUGGACGUGGACGUGGACGUGGACGUGGACGUGGACGUGGACGUGGACGUGGACAUGGACGUGGACGUGGACAUGGACGUGGACGUGGACGUGGACGUGGACAUGGACGUGGACGUGGACGUGGACGUGGACGUGGACGUGGACGUGGACGUGGACGUGGACUGGACGUGGACGUGGACAUGGACGUGGACGUGGACGUGGACGUGGACGUGGACGUGGACGUGGACGUGGACGUGGACGUGGACGUGGACGUGGACGUGGACGUGGACGUGGACGUGGACAUGGACGUGGACGUGGACGUGGACGUGGACGUGGACAUGGACGUGGACGUGGACGUGGACGUGGACAUGGACGUGGACGUGGACGUGGACGUGGACGUGGACGUGGACGUGGACGUGGACGUGGACGUGGACGUGGACGUGGACGUGGACGUGGACGUGGACGUGGACGUGGACGUGGACGUGGACGUGGACGUGGACGUGGACGUGGACGUGGACGUGGACGUGGACAUGGACGUGGACGUGGACAUGGACGUGGACGUGGACAUGGACGUGGACGUGGACGUGGACAUGGACAUGGACGUGGACGUGGACGUGGACGUGGACGUGGACGUGGACGUGGACGUGGACGUGGACGUGGACGUGGACGUGGACGUGGACGUGGACGUGGACAUGGACGUGGACGUGGACAUGGACGUGGACAUGGACGUGGACAUGGACGUGGACGUGGACGUGGACGUGGACGUGGACGUGGACGUGGACGUGGACGUGGACGUGGACAUGGACGUGGACGUGGACGUGGACGUGGACGUGGACGUGGACGUGGACGUGGACAUGGACGUGGACGUGGACGUGGACGUGGACGUGGACAUGGACGUGGACGUGGACGUGGACAUGGACGUGGACGUGGACGUGGACGUGGACAUGGACGUGGACGUGGACGUGGACGUGGACAUGGACGUGGACGUGGACAUGGACGUGGACGUGGACGUGGACGUGGACGUGGACGUGGACGUGGACGUGGACGUGGACGUGGACGUGGACGUGGACGUGGACGUGGACAUGGACGUGGACGUGGACGUGGACGUGGACGUGGACGUGGACAUGGACGUGGACGUGGACAUGGACGUGGACGUGGACGUGGACAUGGACAUGGACGUGGACGUGGACGUGGACGUGGACGUGGACGUGGACGUGGACGUGGACGUGGACGUGGACGUGGACGUGGACGUGGACAUGGACGUGGACGUGGACGUGGACAUGGACGUGGACAUGGACGUGGACAUGGACGUGGACGUGGACGUGGACGUGGACGUGGACGUGGACGUGGACGUGGACGUGGACAUGGACGUGGACGUGGACGUGGACGUGGACGUGGACGUGGACGUGGACAUGGACGUGGACGUGGACGUGGACGUGGACGUGGACGUGGACGUGGACGUGGACGUGGACGUGGACGUGGACGUGGACGUGGACGUGGACGUGGACAUGGACGUGGACGUGGACGUGGACGUGGACGUGGACGUGGACGUGGACGUGGACGUGGACGUGGACGUGGACGUGGACGUGGACGUGGACGUGGACGUGGACGUGGACGUGGACGUGGACGUGGACGUGGACGUGGACGUGGACGUGGACGUGGACGUGGACGUGGACGUGGACGUGGACGUGGACGUGGACGUGGACGUGGACGUGGACGUGGACGUGGACGUGGACGUGGACGUGGACGUGGACGUGGACGUGGACGUGGACGUGGACAUGGACGUGGACGUGGACAUGGACGUGGACGUGGACAUGGACGUGGACGUGGACGUGGACGUGGACGUGGACGUGGACGUGGACGUGGACGUGGACGUGGACGUGGACGUGGACGUGGACGUGGACGUGGACGUGGACGUGGACAUGGACGUGGACGUGGACGUGGACGUGGACGUGGACGUGGACGUGGACGUGGACAUGGACGUGGACGUGGACGUGGACGUGGACAUGGACGUGGACGUGGACGUGGACGUGGACGUGGACGUGGACGUGGACGUGGACGUGGACGUGGACGUGGACGUGGACGUGGACGUGGACAUGGACGUGGACGUGGACGUGGACGUGGACGUGGACGUGGACGUGGACGUGGACGUGGACGUGGACGUGGACGUGGACGUGGACGUGGACGUGGACGUGGACGUGGACGUGGACGUGGACAUGGACAUGGACGUGGACGUGGACGUGGACGUGGACGUGUGGACGUGGACGUGGACGUGGACGUGGACGUGGACGUGGACGUGGACGUGGACGUGGACGUGGACGUGGACGUGGACGUGGACGUGGACGUGGACGUGGACGUGGACGUGGACGUGGACGUGGACGUGGACGUGGACGUGGACGUGGACGUGGACGUGGACAUGGACGUGGACGUGGACGUGGACGUGGACGUGGACGUGGACGUGGACGUGGACGUGGACGUGGACAUGGACGUGACGUGGACGUGGACGUGGACGUGGACGUGGACGUGGACGUGGACGUGGACGUGGACGUGGACGUGGACGUGGACGUGGACGUGGACAUGGACGUGGACGUGGACGUGGACGUGGACAUGGACGUGGACAUGGACGUGGACGUGGACGUGGACGUGGACGUGGACGUGGACGUGGACGUGGACAUGGACGUGGACGUGGACGUGGACGUGGACGUGGACGUGGACGUGGACGUGGACGUGGACGUGGACGUGGACAUGGACGUGGACGUGGACGUGGACGUGGACGUGGACGUGGACAUGGACGUGGACGUGGACGUGGACGUGGACAUGGACGUGGACGUGGACGUGGACGUGGACGUGGACGUGGACGUGGACGUGGACGUGGACGUGGACGUGGACGUGGACGUGGACGUGGACGUGGACGUGGACGUGGACGUGGACGUGGACGUGGACGUGGACGUGGACGUGGACAUGGACGUGGACGUGGACGUGGACGUGGACGUGGACGUGGACAUGGACGUGGACGUGGACAUGGACGUGGACGUGGACGUGGACGUGGACAUGGACGUGGACGUGGACGUGGACGUGGACGUGGACGUGGACGUGGACGUGGACGUGGACGUGGACGUGGACGUGGACGUGGACGUGGACAUGGACGUGGACGUGGACGUGGACGUGGACGUGGACGUGGACGUGGACGUGGACGUGGACGUGGACGUGGACGUGGACGUGGACGUGGACGUGGACGUGGACGUGGACGUGGACGUGGACGUGGACGUGGACGUGGACGUGGACGUGGACGUGGACGUGGACGUGGACAUGGACGUGGACGUGGACGUGGACGUGGACGUGGACGUGGACGUGGACGUGGACAUGGACGUGGACGUGGACGUGGACGUGGACAUGGACGUGGACGUGGACGUGGACGUGGACAUGGACGUGGACGUGGACAUGGACGUGGACGUGGACGUGGACGUGGACGUGGACGUGGACGUGGACGUGGACGUGGACGUGGACGUGGACGUGGACGUGGACGUGGACGUGGACAUGGACGUGGACGUGGACGUGGACGUGGACGUGGACGUGGACGUGGACGUGGACGUGGACAUGGACGUGGACGUGGACGUGGACGUGGACAUGGACGUGGACGUGGACGUGGACGUGGACGUGGACGUGGACGUGGACGUGGACGUGGACGUGGACGUGGACGUGGACGUGGACAUGGACGUGGACGUGGACGUGGACGUGGACGUGGACGUGGACGUGGACAUGGACGUGGACGUGGACGUGGACGUGGACGUGGACGUGGACGUGGACGUGGACGUGGACGUGGACAUGGACGUGGACGUGGACGUGGACGUGGACGUGGACGUGGACGUGGACGUGGACGUGGACGUGGACGUGGACGUGGACGUGGACGUGGACGUGGACGUGGACGUGGACGUGGACGUGGACGUGGACGUGGACGUGGACGUGGACAUGGACGUGGACGUGGACGUGGACGUGGACGUGGACGUGGACGUGGACGUGGACGUGGACAUGGACGUGGACGUGGACGUGGACGUGGACGUGGACGUGGACGUGGACGUGGACGUGGACGUGGACGUGGACGUGGACGUGGACGUGGACGUGGACGUGGACGUGGACGUGGACGUGGACGUGGACGUGGACGUGGACGUGGACGUGGACGUGGACGUGGACGUGGACGUGGACGUGGACGUGGACGUGGACAUGGACGUGGACGUGGACGUGGACAUGGACGUGGACGUGGACAUGGACGUGGACGUGGACAUGGACGUGGACGUGGACGUGGACGUGGACGUGGACGUGGACGUGGACGUGGACGUGGACGUGGACGUGGACGUGGACGUGGACGUGGACGUGGACGUGGACGUGGACGUGGACGUGGACGUGGACGUGGACGUGGACGUGGACAUGGACGUGGACGUGGACGUGGACGUGGACGUGGACGUGGACGUGGACAUGGACGUGGACGUGGACGUGGACGUGGACGUGGACGUGGACGUGGACGUGGACGUGGACGUGGACGUGGACGUGGACGUGGACGUGGACGUGGACGUGGACGUGGACGUGGACGUGGACGUGGACGUGGACGUGA